UGAAAGUUGAUAAAGGAAAGAAAAGUUUCAUUUCCAAAUUUAAGUUCAAUUCUAAAAGAAGUAACCAAUUGACGAAUACAAUAGAGUUUAAUGGAGAACAAAAGCGAAACAAGUUUGACCCCAUUUUGGUCUACAGAUCAUCUUCAUCGAACUGGUUCACUAAUCAUCAUCUUCUCUCUCUCCUCAUCAUUAGCACACUUUCUCUGAUUCAUUUUCUUAUCUUCACCCCUCCUUUUCUCCUCAUCAUCCUUACUUUCCCUCUUUCUCUAUUUUACUCUAAAAGUUUAGAGUAACUCAAAAUAUUUUGAUAAACAAAGUUGAAUGCAAGUGACAAAGCCACCGACUGUCAAUCGUUUGAUGAAAAAAUACUUUUGCCAACUACAGAUAGACACUCUUGUGCACAACCCUCGACUGUCUACCAUGAAGUUUACUUGCAUCUUGUGCUACUUGGUCUUCACAUUGGGUCAACUUCAAGUUGUGUCUUCGGCCAACUCUACUCGUAAAUUGGACCCACUUGUUGGCCAAUGGUUUAACCUGGAGAAGUCCCUUCGUACGGCUUCAAGUAAACUUGUCACUUCGUUCCUUGAACCCAUCAUCAAUGAAACCCUUCAACAAACUUCAGUCGAUUCUUUAUGUAAGUUUUCUUUGCAUCGUUUCCUUAAAGAUUUGGCUUCACUUGAAACUUGGGCCACUCAAAUAUUUGAUUCAUCCGGAAAACUUCCAAUUACCGGUCUUUUGGAAGGAAGCAAUUCACAUCUUGGUCGUUACGAUGAGUGUCUUUCAGUGCACAAGGGUCUCACUCUUGGGUCACAAGUGAAGACCUUACAAGGCCAAUACUGUUCCCUACUGAUUAGACCACCAUUGCCUCCAAGACCCAAAUGGGGAACCAUAAGCAACAAGAUAACCUCGUUGGCCAACCUCACAGCACCAGAUCAGAUGAUUGGCUGGCUCGCCUCAAACGCACACUACUUUUAUUACGUUCCAAUAAGAAUUGGCUUGUGUACUCCAUCAACUUGCACACCUGAUGAAAUUAGACGGAUAACAAGUUCAAUAUUGACUAAAAUUAACUUGCAAGUUGAAUUGGUUGGAAAUGAAUGUGAUGUUUCAACAAACUUUAACCUUGAAAAUGUUCAUCUGAUAAUCAUAACUUUUCUGGUUGCAUUUGGCUUACUGGUAAUAACUGCAACUCUGGUUGACAUUAAUCAAUUGCAUUUAAUUAAAGGUUUAACCAAUCCAUCCAUUGUUAACCAUUUGAAGGAGGAUUCGACAAAUGCGUCAAUGCCUUCAUUAUCACUAUCAAGUGACCGGCCAAUCAAAUUUGCGCCGAUAAGCUUCCACUCUGAAAAAAGGUUCAUCAAGUUUUUAAAAUGUUUCUCUAUUCGACGAAACGCCAAGAGCAUAUUGAGCAUGAAGGAAAAUCCAACGGAAACUUUGAGUCAUAUCCAUGGAAUCAGAGUAUUGACCAUGGCUUGGAUCAUUUGUGGACACACUUUUGGACUAGUUAAUCACACAAAUUAUAAUCAAUCUUUCAAUUCGGAAAAAAUGUACAACAGCUUCAUCUUUCAAGGGCUUCUCAAUGCAACUGUUUGUGUCGACACAUUUUUCCUGCUCAGCGGGCUUCUCACCGUCUACUCAGUUUGGCGUAAAGUUGACUCACAUCAAAAGGUCAAUCCACUUGUAUACACAUUUAUCCGUUACAUAAGACUCACUCCACCAUACCUUGUAGCCAUUGGCAUUGCCUUGAUCCUUCCCUCACUAGGACAAGGUCCCCUCUGGAAAGAGACUGUCAACCCAGUAGCCGAGCCUUGCUACUCAACCUGGUGGACCAACUUGCUGUACAUUAACAACUUUGUUCAAACAAAAGACAUUUGUUUAAUGCAUUCCUGGUAUUUAAGCAAUGACUUUCAAUUCCACAUUAUUGGCCUCAUUUUAGUUUCCAUUCUCGUCAGAUCAACUCAAAUGGGUUUCCUUUUAAUUACUUUUCUCAUGGUAACAUCAACAUUAAUCAGUUUCUGGUUGGCAGCAGUAAAUAAUUAUCCGCCAACAAUUGUAUCAACAUCACCAGCCACACCGGAAAGAUGGAAUUUCAUUUUGGAUUAUUAUUACAAACCUUGGACUCAUCUAUCAAGUUACCUGAUUGGCCUAAUAUUUGGUUAUCUGUUGGCUUCAAAGAGAAAAUUUAAAUUCUCUAAGAUUACAUUUCUUUUGGUUACCUUUUCCAGUCUUGUAUCGACUUUUGUUUCCCUUUACGGUAUUUACCCUUGGAAUGCUGGUCAACAAGUAAACACUAUUUUGGGUUCGACUUAUGCAGCCACAUUUCGGUCAAUCUGGUCAUUCAAUGUUGCACUCUUUAUCUUUUAUCUAGCUCACCAUCGUUCAAGUAUUCUGUAUAAAUGUUUAUCAUGGAAGGGUAUUAUUCCUUUGAGCAGAUUAACUUAUAUGGCUUAUUUAUUGCAUCCCUUCAUUAUAUGGUAUCAUUAUGGUUCAACUCGGCAACCUUUAACUGGCUCCGGUUAUUCAAUGUUUCACAGUUUUCUGGCCUUUUAUUUGUUCACUUAUUUGGUGUCAUUUGUGGCUGGAUUGUUGCUUGAAUCACCUUUUAUUUGUCUAAUUAAACUGAUUACAUCGGCUAAGAGUAGUCAGUUUAAAGACUCUCAACAGCAUUUACGAUCAAAGUCAACCAAUAAACUCGUCUAUCCUUCACCGUGAUGAGUUCUGGCAUAAAAAUUUUCUAAUAAGUUCUUUCGUCUUUACAUUCACUAAUGAAUGAAUAAAUAAAAUAAAUACUUUUUUAAAGCUUCUAACAUGUUAAAUGGUGGAAAUAACA